GGUUCAUGUUAUUUGCCCAACAACAAUUUGCCCAACAACCAUUUUCCAACAAUAUUUUUGAAAAUAUUAUUGAGAAAAUAGUUGUUGAGCAAAUUGUUGUCAGGCAAAUUGUUGUUGGGCAAAUGACAUGA